CAGUUGUCAAUUUAAAACUCUGCCAAGCUCAAAAUAAUUGAAAUUAAAGUUGAAGCAUUAGAUUAUAAUAAAAAUAUAGAAAUGAAAAGGAAUGAUUUAAAUUCGUUUGAUGGAAAUAGUGAGGAAAGCAUGUUUGAAUCUGAUCUUGAUGGAGAAGAAGCUGACGUCGAAGAAACUGUUAAAACUACUGGGGCAUCAACUAAAAAGACUUAUAAACAAAAACCAAGAAAAGCAUGGUGUUCCGAUCCACAUCUAAGAGAUUGGAUAAUAAUUGAUAGAGAUCAAGUUAAAUGUCGGUUCUGUAAUAAAUUACUAAACGUAAAAUUUUCAAGUUUGAAAUCACAUUCUUAUUCACAAAGACAUUUAAGAGCUGAAAGGAGAUACAAGGAAGGUGAUUAUAAAAACGACAAAGAAGAUAAAUAUUUUUCAGAAAACGAAGAUAAUAUAGAUAAAUCGAGCAUUGGAGAUUUCGAACAGGAACAGAUAAAAAUUGAAGCUCAAGAAAUCCGUGUAGAUCCCGUAGUUAUAAAAAAUAUCCCCAAAAAACGGAAGUUAAAUAAUUAUGAAGAAAGUGAUGACCAAGAUGAUUUUAAGGCAAUGAAAAUAGCUUUAGAAAAGGACAAAAUUAAGGCGAUCGGUGACAUGACAAAGCAAAUAUCUUCUGCAAUUAGAUAUCUUGCUGAUUCGAUAAGAUUAGCAAUUCAAAGUAAUAUGUCGAGAAAUGAAAACACGUAAUCUUAUUUUUAGUUAUUAAAUUUGAAAAACUUACAUAUUUUUAACAUAAUAUAUUUCAAUAAACUUUGCAAAGUGAAAAA